UUCCCAGAGAAGCUGUGGCUGCCCCUGGAUCCCUGGGAGUGUCCAAGGUCAGGUUGGAGGGGCUUGGAGCAACCUGGGCUGGUGGAAGGUGUCCCUGCCCGUGUCAGGGGAGCUGGAACAAGACGAUCCUUAAAAUCCCCUCCAGCCGAAGCCAUUCAGUUGUUGCACGUUUCUGCGAUUUUACACGGAGAAAAAGGAAGCAAAACGUUUGUUUCCGCCUCUCGGGGGUGUGACGGACAUUUGUCACACCCCUCCCCGGCCCCCCAAGGCCAGGUUGCACCUUGGUGUGCUUGGGAGGAGGCUCUUUGCUCUGAGAAUCACGGAAUCACGGACUGGAUUAAGGGAGGGACUUCAAAUCUCAUCCAGUUCCACCCCCUGCCGUGGGCAGGGACACCCUCCACCGGGGAGCCCAGGUUGCUCCAAGCCCCCCAUCCAGGGAAUCCUCCCCCUCUGCGGUUCUGGGCUGCCCCUUCCUGACGUCCGGGAGCGGGGUGUGAAUGUCACAGGGGCCGUUCGGUGCCAGUGACUCUGAAAAGGCUCGUGGAGCAAAAGCCCGGGGCAGGAAAACUCAGUGUUCAAACAGAGCACAGAAGAAACAAAUAACAGUGGGUUCAGAGUCUGGAGCAAUUCCGACUGUGGGAAGGGCUGUUUCUCCAGGUAACCCCCCGAAGGUCUUGUGUUUGGGCAGCGUGUUUGCAGCCUUCCACUGACAUAAAGAUCUGCCUGUAAGUGACCUGUUGCCUGAAAGUCAUAUCCUGCUCCAGGGAGGCGCCACAGCAGCACACCCAGGAUGUCCAUGGAGAUAACCUUCCUGGGCACGGGCUCGGCAUACCCCUCUCCCACCAGAGGGGCGUCGGCGCUGGUGCUUCGCCGGGACGGGGAGUGCUGGCUCUUCGACUGCGGGGAGGGGACCCAGACACAGCUCAUGAGGAGCCACCUCAGGGCAGGCAGAAUCACCAAGAUUUUCAUAACCCACCUCCACGGCGACCACUUUUUCGGGCUCCCCGGCCUGCUGUGCACGCUCAGCCUGCAGAGCAACCCCGACCCCAGCAAGCCACCCGUGGAUAUUUACGGGCCUUUAGGGCUGAGGAGCUUCCUGUGGCGGAGCCUGGAGCUGUCCCACUCCCAGCUCCUCUUUCCCUACGCCGUCCACGAGCUGGUGCCCACGCGGGACCAGUGCCCCGCGGAGGAAUUCAGGGACUUCUCGCACUUGGACAGGGGUGAGGUUCCCGCCCAGGGCCCUGGAGGGAGAAUACUGCGCCUGGACCCGGGAGAGGGCUCCUACUUGCUGGAGGAGGACGAGCAGCUGGUGCUGAGGGCGUUCCGCCUCUUUCACCGCGUCCCUUCCUUCGGCUUCGUGCUGGAGGAGAAGCCCCGGCCUGGGAGGCUCAACGUGCAGAAACUGAAAGACCUUGGAGUUCAGCCGGGCCCUCUGUACGGGAAGCUGAAGGGCGGGGCCGCAGUCGUGCUGGAAAACGGAGUGAGGAUCUCUCCCUCCGAGGUGCUGGAAGAGCCCAUUCCCGGCAGGAAGGUGUGCAUCCUGGGGGACUGCUCGGGGGCGCUGGGGGACGAGGCCCCGCGGCUCUGCCGCGACGCCGACCUGCUGGUGCACGAGGCCACGCUGGACGACACCCAGCAGGAGAAGGCCAGGGAGCACGGGCACAGCACCCCCGGGAUGGCCUCGGAUUUUGCCAGGCUGUGCCGGGCCAGGAGGCUGGUUUUGACCCACUUCAGCCAGAGGUACAAGCCGUCCGGCCAGGCAGGGGAGGGGGACGCGGACGUGGCCGAGCUGAGGAGGCAGGCGGAGUCCGCGCUGGGGGGACAGGGGGUGACGCUGGCUGAGGACUUCAUGACGAUAGAGAUUCCCAUGAAGAAGGGAAAAAACAGCAGCGUUGGCCAGCCCUGAGUGAAGGCACAGAGCCGGGGUGGUGUUGGACAGCGCUUAAAAAGAACUGUUGGGAGUUCCGGUGAACAAAUUUCUCUUCCCCUGGAGCGCGGAGAGGUCGUUUCAGAGCGCCGGGUGCAGUUAGUGCUGCUGCUGUAAAGCAAAGGAAGAAGGAUGCUCAGGCAUCUGGAGCUGGAAUAAAUUCACGAGGGGUGGUUUUGGACACCUGGCCUCCCCAGAUGGCUCGAGCCUUCACAGCCCGGGAGCUUUCCUUGGAGAUUCCCUGGAGCGCAGCUCUGGAUCGUCGUUUGGCUUUAACACACCCCUCCAGGAAGGUUUGUGCUCUGCAGAGCAGUUUCAGCCAUCCUGCCUCCUGAGAGCUUUCAAACAGCGUCUGUUUCAAACUUGCACACAGCGUUUUGUGACUGUUACCAGGUUUCCGUGUGAGAGGGCACUGAAAUUAAUAAAGUGUCGAGAGCUCUGCCAAGUGGGUGUUGCUGUGCUCAAGUGGAGGAGCCCUUCUGAUUCUCCGUUUGCACGUGAAGUCUUCUCAUAAAAUAAACACAGUUUAGGCUCCCUGUCAGAAGCGAAUUGCUCUUAAAACAGUUUGGUUCAUUUGAAGCCGGGAAGCGCCAGCCCUAAAAAUCUGCACACCCAUCCGUCCCCUGCGCCAGUGAGGUUUUGGAAGCGUGCUCUGGAAGUCUUUAAGGCAGGUGGCAAGUGGUCUUCCUUGAAGUGUUCCUCCAAGUGCGCUUCCAAGGAUAAAUCGCCCCGAUAAAGGCCUGUUUGUGUUUGCAGAAAUACCCCCCCUCCCGUGGGAGGAGUUUCACCUUGGCCCAGCUCAGCCUGUUCUCUGCAGCGACUUUGUUCUUUCCGUGGAGGGACACACAGGCCCGGCUUUUAUCUCCUUUCCUUCCACGCCUCGAAAGUGGCAGUUCGGGAGUUUUCCCGGGUUUUAUCUCGAUUCGGUGGUCGAAAUUAAAAAUUAGGUGGUUUCGAAAAAAAAAAAAAACCAACAAAACAACCCCAGCCUAAAUAUCCCCCCCGGGAUGUUUUAUCCCCUUGUGGCUUUCUGAUGGACACUGAAAACUCCGGCGGGUUUUAAAGUCCAGCUGCUACAACCUGUGCCUGUGCUUCUGUUGCUUUAAUUGAGCGACAGCCUCCAAAGGAAAAGAAAAAAAGGAGUGUGAUUUCCUAGUGUUUGGCUGAAUUCUGUGUGUUACCCCCCCAUCCUUCAAACGGGCUCCGUCUCACGUGUGGUUGCGGUAAAUCCGAAACCGGUCACGCCGACUUUAAUAUUUUUUUGCUUCAAAUGCAGAGGGGAGAGGGGUCUUUGAUUCCUUAAAAAAAAAACCCAAAAAAACCAACACUGGGAAGGGUUGCGAGCUUGGGGAACAACGACUUCUGGGGCGGAAACUCGCUGAUUCCUGCGACUUUUCCCUCC